AUGGCCAGGAGCGCAAACAGCAAACUGGACACUUUCCUCAAGAGAAACACGAGUCGGGAUUUAUACGAGCGGAUACGAGCCUGCGAGCCGUGUGUGGUGGUCUCGAGGUCGGUGAAGAGGGUCUUUAUGCAUGUGAUAUUGAGCGAUGAGCGCGUCUACCUGAGCGAGUACAACCCGCGCGCGCUGCGAGAGGCGCUCAGCUUCCGAGACAUCACGAGCAUCGAGCUGAUCAAUGACUUGCCGGAUUUCCUCAGUGGACAGGAUCGCGAGCAUUCGCUUCACAUUCGUGUUGUCCAUACUGCAAAGAAUGCUGGGAAAAAGAGCGCAAAGCCCAAAGGAUCCAGCCAGAAUAAGCCGGUCUGUCCACCUGCAUCUACAUUACAAGGACUCGACCUGGGAGUCCGCCAUUCUCUGGAGGAGACGAGCCGUGCGCUCCUGUCGACUCCGUCUGAAUCAUCCAGCUCCAGAAUCCCUCCUACAUCAUCAAUGAGUGAUAGAGGGCUCCAGGACGAGGACAGCAGCAGCGUCACAAAGAGGCGUUCCGCUUCCUGUCCAAACCAGGACAUUUUGGGCCUGGGUCUCUUUCAUCCUCCCUCUCCCAUCCACUUCUCCAGCACUAGUGUAGCUCCUCCAACCAGCUUCACAAACCACCAGAUACAGGGUCAAGUUGCGUGGUGCAGAGGCUCGAGUCUGGCACGGCUGGUAAGGAGAACUCUGGCAGAGAAGGUCAAAGAAGAGGAGGAUGAGAAAGAGGAAGAGUUGCAUCUUUACGCUGUGUCUCCUACCUCACGAAUAUAUCUGCACCUUCAGAGCUCCUGGAACAGUUAUAUUAUAAGAUCAACUUUGAUGCUGGGCCCAGUUUACAGGAAGAGAUGUGGCCUGUCUUCAUCUUCUCCUGAGAAACUGAAAUAUCACAACAUCAGCUGGGAGCGAACAUGUCAUUUAUUCGCUCAGUUGAGUGGAGAGUUGCUUCAGGAGGACAUCAGCCUGGAGAGUUUAUAUUUACUCCUGCAGGAGCUUCAUACCGCCACGUACCGCAAUCCCACCAUCAAAAAACUCUUCUGGAGGUCUUCCGAUCUUUAUCCUUUCCUGGUGAAAACACUGUCUGACAGCUCUCAGGCCACCCGGGAAGGAAUACACACAGAAGACAGACUUCUACUUUGUACUGUAGUGGUUCAGAUAUUAUGCCUCAUGUUCAGGGAAACUGAAAUCGAGCUGGCCCGAAUGAGCAUGCUAACAGCCAAACAGGGGGCUCUCACAGCAAACCUGCUGCUUGGCUUAGUGUGUGAUCCAGAACUUCAGCUCCCAGAUUCUACUAAUGGCUCCCAGUCUUCAUAUACUACGCUGCAGGGUCUGCAGGCUGACUUUCUGGAUGCAACAUCUGCUUUACUGUUUGAGGUUGUUGUUCUAUGUCAGGAAGCCAGUCGCACUCCUCCUCUGGGACACUUCCUUACGGUUGGCUGGGUGUUUCGAAUACUUAAACCUCAUCCCUUCUUGCUGCCAUUUGUUGGAUAUCAGGCCCAGCAGGUGGUUCUGCUCCUCUCAGAUGAGCAGUAUCCUGUUAGCCCGUCUCAGGCGGUUCUUCUGUACCAGCGAUGUCGUGUUUUGUUAGCCUGUCUGCAGCACAGCACCUUUCUGAGCAAAUACAUCCGGACAGCCUUUAAAGAAGAGUUCAGCUACAACAUAAAGAUGCACAAGUUGCCCCAGCAGUACCCCAUCAGUCAGCCCACCCAGCUCGUUCUGUCCCAGCUCCUCAGUCUGAUUCUUCAGACACCCUGAGCUCUUCUGCAACAACAGCUCCUCUUGACAUUUUAAAUAUCUAGUAAAUGUCUUAUUUCUGUAUAAACACAGGGCCUGUUUGUACCUCAUGCUUUUUUCUGAUCGGAUGGCUAUUUGAUUAAAAACAUUGCAUGAAGUUGCCAAGUUAAUAUAGGCCCACAGAAGUAGAGAUGUUCUGAUGUGGAAAUAUGCCUUUGAACGAAUAUGCUGCACCUUAAGAUUGUACUAAAGUCUUGUUUGUGUCUUACUGUGUUAAACAGAAUGCUGGAUAAUUCUCUGUUUAGCAUAUCGCCUUUGUCUACACUCAGGAUUACAGUAAUAAGUCACAGAAUGUUAAAGAUUUGAUGGGAAGUCAAACCACAGAACAUCACAGAACAUUUAUCAGGCCUAUAUAGAAUUACUUGAACUAUUUAUUCUGCUUUGAAAAUGAAAAGAUGGAUAUGUAAUGCACUUGUCAUGAAAUCGGUCCAGGACAUCAUUCUUGUACAGUACAGACUACUAAAACACACAGUAGGCUAUUUACUUUAAUUAAUAUGUAAAACAGUGUCAUAAACCUUAUUCAGAAUUACUGUAACUACAGGCACUGCUACAAAUGCACUUAUUUGUUAAUGUUUGAAAAUAGUCUCUUUGUAAACUGAGAAAUGUAAUGAUUUUCAGGAACUCUAUGUACCUCAAGGCCUAAAAUAAAAAAAUAUUU